AUGGGUGUUGUGGCGGCUGGACUGAUUUACGUUUGCACGUUAGGAUUUCCCUGCUCAUCUCCGAAAGCUGGAAACGGCACUGCAUCGUCCCUGCACGUGAGCAGUCACACAUUGGACAAAGUCAAAGUUGCAAAAAUCACUCUUGAGCACUAUUAUCACAACUUGGUCCAACAAUACCGCGAACGACAAAACAGGUAUAAAAUUCUGGAGUCGAUGAUGGAGAGCGAAGGCCUCACCGAAGAACAAAAGCAAAUGAAACGGUCUCAACACGCGUUGAAGGAGAGCGAGUUCUUACGGUUGAAACGUGCUCGACUAACUGUGGAGGAUUUUAUUCCGUUGAAAAUAAUUGGGAAAGGAGCAUUUGGUGAGGUACGUUUGGUGCAAAAACAAGACAACGGUUACAUAUAUGCCAUGAAGAUUCUACAUAAGGCGGAUAUGCUUCAAAAAGAUCAAGUGGCCCAUGUCCGUGCGGAACGUGAUAUCCUGGUGAAGGCGGACAAUCCGUGGGUGGUAAAGAUGUUCUAUUCUUUUCAAGAUUCGGUUAAUCUUUAUUUGGUGAUGGAAUUUCUUCCUGGUGGUGACGUCAUGACCUUGUUGAUGAAAAGGGAUACGCUGACUGAACCGCAAACCCAGUUCUAUAUCGCGGAGGCUGCCCUCGCUAUCGAUUCCAUACACAGAAUGGGAUUUAUUCAUCGAGAUAUCAAACCGGACAACCUGUUGCUUGAUGCAAAAGGUCAUAUCAAACUGAGUGAUUUCGGACUGUGUACUGGAUUGAAAAAAGCACAUCGUACCGAUUUUUAUAAGGAUUUGUCUCAAGCCAAAGCCAGUGACUUCUCAUCCGGUCACACGGACUCUCGUCGUCGAGCGGAGGGUUGGAACAAGAAACGAAGAAGACUGGCUUAUUCCACAGUUGGCACUCCGGACUACAUAGCACCUGAGGUAUUCCAGCACAAAGGGUACACGAAUUCCUGUGAUUGGUGGUCCUUAGGUGUGAUCAUGUUUGAGAUGCUAAUCGGUUAUCCUCCAUUCUGUGCAUCAACACCCCAGGAGACGUACAAGAAAGUGAUGAACUGGAAGGACGCUCUAUUCUUCCCCCAUGAAAUGCCAAUUAGUGCGAACGCACGACAUCUAAUUCAGUCAUUCUGUUGUGCACCCGAUUCCCGUCUGUCCAGUCUGGAAGAGAUCCGACGUCAUCCGUUCUUUCACAAUGUGGACUGGGAACAUAUUCGUGAAAGACCAGCUGCGAUUGCUGUCCAGAUUCGGUCGAUAGACGACACCAGUAAUUUCGACGAGUUCCCCAACGCGGACCUCAGUUGGCCGAAUGUGACCGACCCGACGAAGAGUUACCAGAAGAAUCUCGCUUUUAUCAACUACACGUACAAAGCAUUUGAUGGUUGGACAAACAAUGAUCGGGCCCUUGGACACCAAAUGUUGCAACAGCAACGACAUCAAAGUGCACUCGCCUCUCGGGAUCUAAUCAAUUCCAUCAGUAGUAUGCCAUCAGCUUCCGGCUCAACGACUACCCGAUAA